UGAUACCGGUGAACACAAACUGCGCUCAGCGUGCCAUCACAGAGCGGAGAGUUUAUCAUAAGAAUACAGUUUUAUCUAAUGUAAGUGUCGACUAAACUGGGUUUAAUUAUAGAUACAAAACCAGACGAGCCCCGUGAAGAGGGUAAUUCACACGGGGUUGUGGACACUGACUUUGGAGGGCGUCUAAACGCCGAGACACCGCCGGAACCGGCACUCCGCCGCGCGCUUCGGUGACGCAAAACGAGCGCCCACUUCAGCACGGUUUCAGGAACGGAGAGCAAGAUGCCACCUAAAAAACGCAACUCUGGGACUCCGCAGAGCAAGGAGCUGAAGCCCAGUGCUGAAAGUGGCUCUCCAGAGAAGAAGGAGAGUCCAGAGUUAUCUCUGAAAAAACACAGAGACAAAGAUGCCGAGUUUGUGUCCCUGUGCAAGAGCCUUCAUGUGACAGACCUGGUGUGUGACAGUGCCUGGAGGCUGUGGAAAAAUGUUCAGGACUCCAUGGAGGAAGUAGCUGACAGUCAGAGAAGGCUGUGGGGAGCUUGUCUGUUUGUGUCAGCCACAGACAUGGAUGUCACCUGCUUCACCUUCACUCAGGUUUUGAAAGCAGUCGGUCUGAAUGUGAAGCAGUUUUUCACUCUGGUGAGGAAGCUGGAUGUGAACUUGGAUACUAUAAGCACCAAGGUGAAUUCAGCUCUGACACGACUGGAGAAGAAGUAUGAUGUGACGCUGGCUCUCUACCAACGGUUUGAGAAAACAUGCAAGAAGAUCUUUGCUUUGCUUCCCGAUGGCAAGGAGAGGGAGACCAUUCGCAGCUGCUGGACAAUGUUUCUUUUGGCCAAGGGAAGAGCCCUGCAGAUGGAGGAUGACCUGGUCAUAUCGUUCCAGCUGCUGCUUUGCACGCUAGAGUUGUGCAUCAAGCGCUGCCCUCCAGACCUUCUGCAGCCUCUUUACAAAUCCGCUAUCAGUAAAGUUCAGAGCCCUCCAACACGAACGUCUCGUCGCAACCAGAGCAAAGCCAAAUCCCGACCGAUGGUGCCCGAGGUGGAUUUGCAGCUUCUCAAAACCCUGUGCACAGAGAAUGAAUGCAAUGCAGAAGAGGUGAAGAAUGUGUACCAGACCAGUUUCUCUGCUUUCCUGGACUCCCUGGAUCUUUCAAGAUCUCCAGAUUUUCCUCAGGUGAAUGACAUCAACCAACAGUAUGAAGAGCACUACCUCAAGAGUAAAGAAUUUGAUGGACGGCUGUUUUUUGAUGGCGACGAGACUGUUCUUGUGCCUAAAAUCGAAAUAUCACAGGUGGAGAGAACGCCAAAGAAGAACCUGUCUGAUGAAGAUGCCGUGCUCAUCCCUCCACAGACUCCAAUCAGAGCUGCAAUGACCUCCAUUCAGCAGUUGAGGGGUGAUCUCACCUCCAGUGGGGACCAGCCGUCAACUAACCUGGCUACAUAUUUCAAAAAUUGCACCGUUGACCCGACGCAAGAUGUGCUGAAGCGUUUGGAGACACUCGGACAGGCGUUCAGCCAAAGGUUCGGUCAGGCAGUCGGCCCACGCUGCAUAGUACUCGGCCGGCAGAGGUUUAACCUUGGUGUCAAACUUUACUACAAAGUCAUGGAGGCAAUGCUAAAAUCGGAAGAGAAGCGACUGUCAGUUCAAAAUUUCAGUAAACUCCUCAACGACUCCACAUUCCACACAUCACUUUUGGCCUGCGCUUUGGAGGUGGUCAUGGCAACGUAUGGAGAGAGCAGUUUUAGGACUGGAGGGUACAACCAUGGUAGCGGCGGUGUAGACGCAGCUGAAACAAACGUGUGUUUCCCCUGGAUACUGGAUGUGGUCAACCUCUCUGCCUUUGACUUUUACAAAGUCAUCGAGAGCUUCAUCAAGGCAGACCCCACUUUGAGCAAAGAUAUCGUCAAACACCUGGAGACCUGUGAGAACCUCAUCAUGGAGAGGAUUGCGUGGAGGACGGGCUCGCCGCUGUUUGAGCUGCUGAAACAGGAGCAUGAGGGUGGAGCAGCAGAGCAGGUGGAGACUCCAGCCAGUUUCAGCCAACCACUGCAGCACAACCACACCGCAGCUGACCUAUAUCUCUCCCCAAUGCGUCCGGGCCAUCGAGUCUUGCCUCCCGAGUCCCCGGCCCCGCCCAGCUCUCAGGCCACCUCUCAACCUCCGACACAGCCGGCAGGCCAGACUCCACGACCCCCCAAGUCCAACUCCCUCAGCCUCUUCUAUAAAAAAUUGUACCGGCUGGCCUACAUGAGGCUGAAGAUACUCUGUUCUUACCUGCUGUCCUCCCACCCUGAGCUGGAGCCCAUCAUAUGGACCCUGUUCCAGCACACUCUGCAGCAUGAGCACGAGCUGAUGAGAGACCGUCACCUCGACCAGUUGAUGAUGUCAGCCAUGUACGCCAUCUGUAAAGUGAAGAGUGUUGAUCUGCGCUUCAAGACCAUCGUCACGGCGUACAAGAACAUGCCCAACACCAACCAGGAGACCUUCAAGCAUGUGCUGAUCACUGAGGGCCACUUUGACUCCAUCAUCGUCUUCUACAACCAAGUGUUCAUGCAGAAGCUGAAAACCAACAUCCUGCAGUAUGCCUCUACAAGGCCGCCCACCCUCUCUCCCAUCCCACAAAUCCCACGCAGUCCCUACAAGUUCCCCAAUUCACCACUGCGUGUGCCCGGGAGCAACAACGUGUACAUCUCCCCUCUGAAAAACCCACGCAUGUCCCCAGGGAUCAUGACUCCUCGCUCCAGGAUGCUGGUAUCAAUCGGUGAAUCUUUCGGGCUGUCAAACCGGUUCCAGAAGAUCAACCAGAUGGUCAACAGCAGCGACCGCUCCUUGAAGAGGACUCUAGAUCUCGGUGCCACUCCAAAGCCUCUGAAGAGGUUACGCUUCGAUAUGGAUGGGCAGGAUGAAGCCGAUGGCAGCAAAUCUGGAGGAGAUUCCACACUGAUACAGAAGCUUGCAGAGAUGAGCUCCACUCGCAGUCGCAUGCAGGAGCAGAAGAUGAAGGAGGACACAGAAUCGAGAAAGGAGUGACUCGAAAACCCUACUGAACUGGCCUGCACUGUUUACCACAACAUGAACGCUACUUUUUGUUCACAACAAAGCGAAACACAAGUUUCUCUGUACAUUUAGGAUCAGCUUUUAGUUUGUAUUUAACUUUGAGGAGUCGUAUGUGAAUAUAGAAGACUUUCUCUUCUCCUUUUGUUGACUCUUUAAUUGAGUGUUUUAACUGAAUAAUGACAGACGUCAUUGAAUUUCAUUUGAAUUUUUGAGGAUAAAGUGUGUUUGUUUUUAAGAGUGCUAUUAAUUUGAGUGUGUAUGUGUGUGUGUGUGUGUGUGUGUGUAUAAGGAAUCAUAGCUUUCAUUCUCAAUUGUUCAGAGCGUUGUUGAGAUCCAUUGCUGGUUUCCUCGUUUUUAAAUAAUAUGAGUAACAAGCACCAGGAUCCUACAUGAUUUGCGCUCAGCCCAAAUUCAUGUUGUUUCAAAGGAUUUUGUUACAGGAAAUGUUUCUCUUUGGUGUAAUUUAGUUUUAGAGCAUCUGUUUUACUUUUACAUGGGAAGGAAUAUACAUUGUAUAUUAAAUGCAAACAAAUGUGUUUGACUAAAGGAAUAUUUUUCAUGUUCUCAGUCACAUUUUUCUACACAUAAUUUUUUGUUUUUUUGUUUGGGUAAUGGGAUCUGGAUCCUGAGGGGAAAAAAAGUGGAAAGCAUUAGAGUGAUGAAUAGAGCAUGAAUGAAUGAACGCCACAUAGAGCAGAUGAAUAUGUGGACUUCACUCCAGAAAGAUUUACCAAGGUAAACCUUUGCUAGAAAUGUCGAUUACCAGAGUUUAUAAAUUAAAAUGUUUAUAUUGUACUUUGUCAAACUAGUUUUCUUGAAACUGUAGUAAAUAUUUCCUUGAAAACA